UGUGACUCCUGUGGUGAUGACACUGUAAACAAGCAGAAGAGCAGAGGCAAAGACAAAGGGGAAGAAGGGAUUUUUGUGCGUCCGCUCUGGAGCCUGAACCACCAGAGCAGGGAAGAUACUGAACUCCUGUGUGAAGCCUGUGGCGCCUGCAGAUUGUUUUUCUAUCAGACAUAAACACCAACCCUCAACCGCAGGUCUGGAGCUGAUCCAGGAUGCUGUUCUACCUCGCUGUGGUGCUCGGGUCUGUGGCCUUCGCUGCUGCAGCAGCAGAAUGGAGGCAACCGGUGAUCAAGUUCAAUUCUAAGGUGGUGACGAAUUCAGAGGUGGUGGUCACACCUGGGAAACCUUUGGAUCUGAGGUGCGAAGGUGACGGAUUUGUCAACUGGCAAACAAGGCUGUCGAAGCACAGGCGCUUUGUGUCUAAGGGUAACGGGAACGCCCGCACCUUGAGGGUGGAGCGACCCUCUGCAGAAUUCACUGGAACGUACAAGUGUUUUUACAGCACCAGGCCUCAAUACCGUCACCUGGCCACCUCAGUGCAUGUCUACGUACAAGACCCGAGCCGUUUGUUCUGGACCAGCAGCACGUCUCUGCGGGUGGUCAAGAAAGAGGGGGAGAACUACCUUCUACCCUGUCUGCUCACCAACCCAGCAGCCACAGACCUUGGCCUCCGCAUGGACAAUGGUACCAACGUACCAUCGGGGAUGAACUAUACAGUCGACCGUCACCGUGGCAUUCUUAUCCACAACCUCCACCCGAGCUUCAACGCCGACUACGUCUGCACAGCCAGGGUGAAUGGGGUAGAAAGGACCUCCAAGGCCUUCUCCAUCAAUGUUAUUCAGAGACUACGCUUCCCUCCUUAUGUUUUUCUGGAGACCGAAGAAUAUGUGCGUAUUGUUGGGGAAGAACUCGAGAUCCGCUGCACCACACACAACCCCAACUUCAACUACAACGUCACGUGGCAAUACACCACCAAAUCGAGACCAACCAUAGAGGAGAGGGUUCGUUCCAGUGGAGAAAACCGUCUGGACAUACAAAGCAUUUUUACAAUUUCUGCUGUGGACCUCGCAGACACAGGAAAUAUUUCCUGUAUCGGUACUAAUGAAGCAGGCGUGAACAGUUCCACCACGUACCUCCUUGUUGUAGAUAAACCCUACAUCAGGCUUUUGCCCCAGCUCUCCCCCAAACUGGCCCAACAGGGUCUUCUGGUAGAGGUGAAUGAAGGCGAAGAUCUGGAGCUCAGUGUGGUUAUCGAAGCCUAUCCUAACAUCAUAGAGCACAAAUGGCACACCCCAGCCUCUACGACCACGUCGACGCAGGAGCACAGGUUCAUCCAGUUCAACAACAGAUACCAUGCCAGUCUGCAGCUGAGAAGAAUGAAUGCACAGGAGCAGGGCCAGUACACUUUUUAUGCCAAGAGUUACUUGACCAAUGCUUCAAUCACGUUCCAAGUCCAAAUGUACCAGAGACCUGUCGCUGUGGUGAGAUGGGAAAAUGUGACAACACUGACCUGCACUUCUUUUGGUUAUCCUGCUCCAAGAAUCAUCUGGUAUCAAUGUCUGGGGAUACGACCUACGUGCAACGAAAACAUCUCAGGGAUGCAGAUGCCAACACCUCUUCAGGCUCCAACGGUGGAGGUCCAGCGGGAGGAGUACGGGGCAGUGGAGGUGGAAAGCGUCCUAACUGUAGGGAUGUCUAAUCAAAGGAUGACGGUGGAAUGUGUGGCCUUCAACCUGGUUGGCAUCAGCAGCGACACUUUUGCAAUGGAGGUCUCUGGUGAGCGUCCUGUCUUUGUAGCCCCACGUUCGCUCAGUCACAUGGAUGAAAAUCAAAGGAAAUUUAAUUUUAUGGGUCUUACAAAAAACUCUUUGUAUCUGGGUAAAGAAAUGAAGAAUCUUACAGAUCUAAUCAAAUCUUUUUAUUUUCAAAUCUACUGUGACAGUAUAAAACUCCCAGAAACCUCUGUGACCAUCCUCCUUGUGUUGCUGGUUUUCCUGUUUUACAAAUAUAAGCAGAAACCCAGGUAUGAGAUACGGUGGAAGAUCAUUGAGGCCAGAGAUGGAAACAACUACACCUUUAUUGACCCGACGCAGCUUCCUUACAAUGAAAAGUGGGAGUUCCCAAGAGACAAGCUAAAGCUAGGGAAAACUCUGGGUGCGGGAGCGUUUGGAAAGGUUGUUGAGGCCACAGCGUACGGUCUGGGAGAGGAAGACAAUGUGAUGCGUGUGGCUGUGAAAAUGCUGAAAGCCAGCGCCCACUCUGACGAGAGAGAGGCUCUGAUGUCUGAACUGAAGAUCCUAAGCCACUUGGGGCACCAUAAGAACAUCGUCAAUCUACUGGGAGCGUGCACCUACGGAGGACCAGUGCUUGUGAUCACCGAGUACUGCAGCCUCGGCGACCUGCUGACCUUCCUCCGCCAGAAGGCAGAGACGUUUGUGAACUUUGUCAUGAACAUUCCAGAAAUCAUGGAGAGCUCAAAAGACUACAAGAACAUCUACAAUCAGAAACAGUUCAUAAGAAGCGAUAGCGGGAUUUCCAGUGAGUCGUCCAGCAGCUACAUGGAGAUGAGACCCAGCCAGCAACCAAGAGUGGAACUAACGCAGGGCACUGCAUGUGAGGAGAGGACCAACUGUCCACUGGACAUCGACGACCUCCUGAGGUUUUCUUUUCAAGUAGCUCAGGGCCUGGACUUCUUAGCUGCUAAAAACUGUAUCCACAGAGAUGUGGCUGCUAGAAACGUCCUGUUAACCAACCACAGAGAGGCCAAGAUUUGCGACUUUGGCCUGGCACGCGACAUCAUGAACGACUCCAACUACGUCGUGAAGGGAAACGCCCGUUUACCGGUGAAGUGGAUGGCUCCUGAGAGCAUUUUUGACUGUGUGUACACCGUCCAGAGUGACGUCUGGUCCUACGGCAUUCUCUUGUGGGAGAUCUUCUCUCUAGGCAAGAGCCCCUACCCCUGCAUGGCUGUGGACUCCAGUUUCUAUAAGAUGGUGAAGCGUGGCUAUCAGAUGUCUCAGCCAGAUUUUUCUCCACCUGAAAUCUACAUGAUAAUGAAGAUGUGCUGGAAUCUGGAGCCCACAGAGCGUCCGCAAUUCAGCAAGAUCAGUCAAAUGAUAGAGAGACUACUGGGGGACCAGACCGAACCGGAACAGCUAAUCUACCAGAAUGUUCAGGAGCAGGUCACGGAGGGUGAAGUGUGUGACCAGACCAAGUCCUGUAACGGCCCCUGUGACCAGUCUUGUGACCACGAGGAAGAAGAGCAGCCUCUGAUGAAGACCAACAACUACCAGUUUUGUUGAACACCCUGACCAACAACAAUCAGUAAAUCAGUCACCCACUGACAGGCAUCAGGAAAGUGGGACGAGCGUUGACUCGUGGCCAAAGUAUCACAGCUUGUUCCAGCUGCAGGAUGUUUGUCGAGUCUCCUUCACAGCUUUAUCUACUUGUUUGUUUUCUUUUUCUUUUUUUUAAGUGGUUGUACCUGCUUGCCAGACAAUCAGGCAGCUGCAGCAAACGUGACUUACUGCAGAUCUUGACUAGAAAAUGCAACGAGUGCAGACAAAACAGCAGUGGCCUCUCCUUCACCACUGGUUCUUUCUCGCCCUCUGUCAUUAUAACCUGCUUCAAUAUCCAGCAGUGUUGUUUUUUCCCUUGUUCCUAAUUUGAAUUAUUUUUAUACUCUUUUCCCCUUAAGAAUAAAUAUAAUAUUUUGGUGGCAGUUCCAGUCACUUCUGUGAGUGAAUUUACUUCAUUUUCGUUUUUUGUCAGGGGUAGCAAGUACUGGAAGUGUUUGUUUCAUAAAUGGUGGAAACGUACACUUGUGUUAAUCUUAAUGUAGUGGAGAUCGGCUUUUUUUUUUUUUUUUAGUUUUCCGAUCGCCCCAACUUGAAUAUCUGCUAUGUGCGAGUGUUUUUCUGCGGUGUGAGUGUGCCAAAUCCAGUGUGGAGGCGGCAAAGAAUGACCAUGUUGUUUUCCUCUUUAUGCUUUGAUCAUUGCUGCAUUUCUUGUGACACACUUACAGUAGCCAUCACUCGGAGGCAACAUGUGAUUGUUCCACUUCUGCCUAAUUAAUUAACUGAUGUUCAGUGCGAUUGAAGGAGCGGCAAAUACAGCUGAACUGUGCAGGGAAGUCAGUCCACGACGGUUCAGAUGAACAGAGUUUCAUGUCGGACAAUGUGAAUGUGUUUUGGCAGAUCCUGCUCCUCUUUAAGUUCUUCUAUGGUCAACAUUAAAGUUACUCAUGUCUUUUUGGUAGCAGUCAGCCUUCACUGCCAACUGUGUUAUAAUGUCAGGUGAUAUAUAUAUAUAUAUAAGCUAUGGGAGAAUUACAGUGUGCAUUUGUGCAUGAAUUCACACAGUGUCUAAUUUUGCCUGCAUCUGAAUGCAACGAUAGUGAGAUGUCCUUUGUACAUAUAUCUCAUGAUGUAAAUCGAGAGUGAUCUUUAUUUUCGCUGAAUUGUAGAACAGAUGGAAGCUUGUGAAAAUAUUUACUUUUUAAUUUGAGUGUGUUUUGUGUGUGUGUGCAAAGACAACCAUCGAUGUAAAAGCUGCCACUAAAUCAACUGUAAAUCUACUGAGGUGUGGAAUAAAAGCUUCACCAACGAAA